AUGACAUAUAUUAGAGGAAUAUGGAUUUUUGGAAAUGCAUUAAAAGGAGGCUCCCUGGAGUUAAUUUUGAGCAAAAGAUUCAAAUCUGUUGAAAACAGGCUUCAAAAACUUCUUGAAGAAGAUUAUGUGCAAGUACCAAAUGACAAAGAUAUACUAGAAUGGUUCAAAUUCAGAGUAUUAUACGAAAAUGUAUCUAAAUUCAAAGCAGCAAAGCUCUCAAAUAUAUUUAAGAAAAGUUCUUUGGGGGUUUUUUCCAUUGAUAAUUUGAAAGCUCCGGCUUCAAGUGAAAAGGAUGAACUAAAUAAGGAAAUACUAUUGAGUAUUUCAGAAAACAAUUUACUACAUUAUAUGAAAGUUAGUGAAGGAAAAUAUUUGUGGCCAUUUAUGUAUUCUUAUAAUAAAGGUUACUUUAUGUUAAUAUUGAUUUCGUUAGAAACUAGCAUAUCAGAGGAUCACAAAUUGUUAAAUAUAUACAAAACACGUUCUAAAGAUUUUAUUCAAAAUUUAGAAAGUUUAUCCAUAAAAUUAGUUGAGGUUAGAGUAGGAAUGCAGUUACUGGAAGAUUUGUUAGAACUACUUGAGAUCAAUCAGGAAGGAAGAAUACUCAAAGUUAGCCAAAUUCUUGAAGUUUGGAGAAUAUUUAUACCAUUUGGAUCUCCAAUAAUGGACAAAAAAGAGGUAAGAGAUUUAAUAUUGCUUUCAAGAAACAAAGGUAUACCAAACUAUUUGAAAAACUUACUUAAUCAAAAUUUUAUUGAUUCUUCCAGAAUACUAGAAAAAUUAAAAUCUACUCAAGAUGAGCAAAGCAUGGAUACUAAGAAAAAGGAAACAUUGCUUCACGGAAGCUUUUAUUUAGAGUCUAUUAAUAAUUUAUCUCAAGAAGAAGAACAGCAAUUAAUACAGGAAAUGGAUGCAAGUAUGAACUUAAAUGAUGAAUUUAUCCCAAUUAUUCCAAACAAUGAUCCAAAAAACCAAAUUAUCUUUGGAGGUAUGAUAAAUCUUGGAAUUGGAAAGCUCUCCUCCAAAACAAGAACCUCAACAAAUCAAUCUUCAAUAAAUUACUCAAUGAAGUUUUCUCUUGUUGAGUUGAUUUGUUGUUUUGCAAAAAAACAUCCAAUGAUAACUCGAAUUGAAAAUAGGAACCCAAUAACAGAAAGAGAAGAUUCUAUGGAUAACUUUAUUAAAAAGAUUGGAGACCCCUAUGCAAGCUUUAUUUCAGGAGCUCUUGAAUUUUCUGGAAAAUUACCAAACUCCGUUUUAAUAUCUUGUAAUGUAAUUCUUCCUUGGCAAAAAGUUACAAUAAAUUCAAAGGAUGAAGUUAAUCAAGAGAACAUUUAUAUUCAACCUUAUAUUUCAGUACAAGAUAAUAUUUCAUGCACUAAAUUGGUCGACGAAUUAUUUGAUUCUACCCAAAAAACAUUUAUACCUAUUAGGCAUAAUUCUGAAAUCUACUCAUCUUCUGAAAACUCAUUUACUCCUGUUUCUAGAUUUAAACUGAGUUGGAAUAGCUCUCAAAGCAAUUCAUCAAAAAUUUUUAAUUACUGGUACCCAUAUGAAUUGAACAUACCUAUUAAAGGUUAUUAUACUAUAUCUCCAGAAUCUAAAGAACCUAUCAAACAAAUUACUCAGUCUCAAGGUCACUUUAGGCCUAUUUUAACCCACUCAUUCCAAAUUGAAUAUUGUCUUUGUUUUGACCCUAAUAUUGUAAAAGGAAUGCAAGUUUGUCAGGUUUCAAUUCCACUACUACCUGGAACACUAGAAAAUAUUAAUUGUAAUGGAAACAACAGCUUCAAUAAACAUAAUAUCCCAAGUGUAAUGAUAUUUAGCCAUAACCUUAAAUCCAGUAUGGGUCAAAUAGUUAUUUCAAAUGAUAAAAAACACAUUAUUUGGACAAUAAAUAACCCAAAAGAAGUUCUUGGUAAGAGUGGAUCUAAUGAGAAAUUUUCAUUUAUACAAGUAAGAAUGUAUGGCAGUAUUAAACUUCGAAUUAUAUAUAAGGAAAAUAAAAAUAAUAAAACUGGGAACUAUUCUUUGCAAUCUCAAGUCCAAUCUUUCAAUUCUCCAGCAAUUAAUUCCUAUAUGUUGAAUGUUGGUAUAGAAUCAGGAAGUCCAAGCUGUUCACAAAAGUUCUUGGAAAACAUUCAUUCCAAUAAAUACAAUGAAUUUCUAUACUCUGCUCCUGAUCCAUUUGGAGCUGGUAUCCAACCAUUUCUAAAUUGCCCAAUUAAAGAUGUAAAUCCUAUUUGGUUGAUGGAACUUCACCCCAAAAUUGCUAAAUUCUCUGAGAAUUCUAAAAAGCUUACACAAAAAGAGAUUUACUCAAAUUUGAUUGAACUUAUUUUCCCAUAUUCACUUUUAAACUUCAAUGUUUGUUCAACUGAGGCAACUUACAAAGGAGUUAGUAUACCUCCUAAUUCUAUAAGCAUUAACCCCAAAGCUCUACAAUUCGACCAACCAGAAAUUUAUUCUAAUUCAGGAAAAUAUAUUAUUUGGAGAAAUUCCUAA